AUGGCGGCGCCGGCUUCCCCACCUCCCCCGGCGCCUUCUCUCCCGGACCUGAUCCCUAACAAUCUCGCCGAAUCAUUCUCCACCCACGGCAUCUUCGCAACACUCCGCCCAUACAGUCCACUCGCCAUCGCCAAUUUCAGCAGCGUCGUCGAUGCCAUUGUCGCCCAGCCCGCCAAGUACGCAGCGGUCCGGCAGCGCAUUCGCCUCGACGCCCACCAUCUUCUCCCCAUCGCCGACACCUCUUCCUUUGCCGGCGCCGAAGAAUCAGCUUCCUCGGAUGCCACAGUUCCUAACACUCCGGAGCCCACUCAGCUCGCCUGGCAAGGCGCCUUCGUUUUCUCUUAUCAAGACCCGCCGGUGCAUCCCCAACUGGGCUGGAUCAUCGGCUACGGACCCAAGUUCCCUCAGUACGAAGGCAAACCGAAACCUGACGUACCGCUGACGGUCGGCCCCCAUUUCCAGGAGCUUCGGCUGCACAACACUACAGCCAGGCUCAACAUUGACAAGAAGAGCGCCGUCUGCACCAUCACCCCUGGCCACAAUGAUGGGACACUGAGGCGCGGCGGUAUGAAGGUGCCAUUUGGCACAGGCUUUCUGGACAGACCGCAAGAGAUCAUAUCGUUCGGCGAGCUCGACUAUCGUUUCGAGUAUGUGCCAGCCGACCUCUCACUCCACUCGGCCGCUGUGAAAGCAUACAUCUGCGAUGCCUUGGGCGCGGCCGAUUCUGUGAACGACCUGAUAGCCCAGACCCCAUCACCCAACGACCGCUAUAUUGGAGACUGGCGACUGGUGCAACCUGCGGGCAUGGGCACCGAUGGAGAAGUCGUGGCAGCAAUGCGAUCUAAGGGUGACAUCGUGGCCAUCAAAGAUUACUGGUGCAAAGAGCAAAAAGACGCUUGGAAUGCCCUUUCCAAAAUCGACAACUACCGCAGCCUCCAGGCCAGGGUGAAGUCUUCGUAUGUGCAAAGCCUGGUGGAUGUUCUCGACGAGGAAAAGAUUCGGUCGGCCUUCCACCCACCUCAGCAUGUCUAUGUCUGUCUUCAACCGUUGGUCCUGUAUGAUCUGGACAAGCUGUUCAAAACAUGGGAUAAUGAGCCUUCCAACAAACCCGCCGAGCCCAUACUGCACCAAGUUCUGGCACAGAUCCUCCUUGGCAUUAAGGACCUCCACACUGCCGGCUUCAUCCACGAUGAUAUCAAGCCAAGCAACAUCGGUAUUCUGCGGGUGUUGCCUCCACAUGUUGUGAUCCUCGACCUCGACAAUGCGAAGGACUUCUCAUGGAUCGGUGCUCUUCCUAGUGCUUGCCUACUCACCACGCACGGCAACGGCGGCACGAUUGGAUACUUGGCUCCCGAGAGAGAAGGGCCACAGGACGAGUUGUUCGGCACGGGCGUCGAUGUCUGGAGCGCCGGCUGUGUCGCCAUGGAAAUCUUCCUGCGCAAGCCUCUGCAGGAUUUGAAACGCUUCAACAUCAACCCUUACCGGGAUCUGGCAACAUUCAAGCAUCAUCGCCCUACCUCUGGGCAGUUGCAGACAGAGCGAACCAGACAGGAGGCCUUCGUUUCAGGACUGAGCUCAUCUCCUGGCACCAUCGAGAACCUCAUUGGACAGAUGCUUGCCGUCGAUCCCAACAAUCGAGUCACCGUUGACGCCGCAUUGAAGCAUCCUCUCGUCGCCGCAGGCGUGUUGGCUACGCAGGAGGAAGAGACUCGUGCGAAAGCCCAGCCAGGUGACAAGCGAGCUCGAGAGGAGAAGGACCCUUGA